ACAGCUUUCUGGAAUGACAUUAGCCGCAACAUUUAACCUGCUUGGCUCACCUGGAUUCGUGAGCAGGUUGAUAGUAGAUCGAAUUUUUAAGGCUCCACGUUUUCAAGAUCAGAAAUCUCAAUGCAUAUUAAAUAGAAUGGGCAUCAAAAUUCCUGUUUCAUUAAUUGAUGAACAUGGGUGGUCUGGUGAUGAACCUUUAAUGCUAGUUGUUAGCCGAGGGCUACUAUCGAAUUUGUCAAGGUCAACAUUGAUAUACCCAAUAUCUUUGGAUUGUGAAUAUGCGGUUGUAGCUUUGAGAUCUUAUUCGAACAUAAAGUCACUUCACCAUAUACUGUUCAUUAGCAUUGAACAUUUUUCUAAUAAAGCACUUAGUGUGCAAACAAAAGUGGUGGCAUUCGAAACAAUGGGGAUUUGGCUUGAAGAAACGGAGGGUAUAUUGGGCGAUCCAUGUAACAAUGAUCAAGAAACAAUGGGAAUUAGAUCAAUAUUUAGCUCAGAUCUAUUAGAAAAAUUAAUGUCAUAUGUUUGGAAUAAUUGGGAUGAUCCAGUAGAAGCCAUUCAAUAUAAGGUCAAAACAAUAUUUGAAAGAUUGUUGGAUGUGUAUUAUCUUAAAUGUCAUUUAGAAAAUUCGACAGAACUUUAUGAUCAAUUUCAAAUGGGUCUAUUAAAGCGUUUGCUUGCGAUGGAUUCGUAUCGUAAAGUAAAAUAUGCACUAUUGUCAUUAUUGCUUCCCAGGAUUGGAACAGAGAUUUUUCUAGAGAUUCAAACUGAUUUUGUAAGUUCUGUAUUAGAAGUAUUUCAAAAUCUUGUUAUUGCGCCAAGAGCUGCACAAUUGUUGGUUUUAUUCCUUGAUCAAUACUUCAAUGAAAUUGUGAAAUCAUCCAGCAAGGGCACAUCUAAUGAUGUGCAACAUGAGGAUAUUGAAGGGCAAUGGGCAGGCAUAUGGCUUGGUCCAAUUUGUAAAGGUCUUUCAUCAAGUGAUGAAAUUUUGAGAAAGAAUAUAGGAGCCUUCGUUUUAAAGCCUCUAUUCAAAAGCAGGCCAAAUUCAUUUUGGAAAUUAUUAGAAAAAUUGCAAGAUCAAAAGAAUUCAGAAGGCUUUAUAAAAGACGAUCAAUAUAGAUUAAAUGCCUUGAUAAUGAUACUUAAGAUCGCCAAAUCUUUAGAUAUAAUCGAUAGCGGCAAGUUCAUCGAAGAUCCAUCAAAUAAUAAAAGAUUCUGCUUAGAGUCUCUUCGUGAUGCAACCCAUCAUCUGGAUCCAAACAUUCGCAUUGAUAUCCUUGGUCUCAUCUGUGAAUCCCAAAAGUCAACAACGGAGAUAACAUCAGUUGAACUUUCACUCCUCCAAUCUUUUUUCAAAAUGAAUCUCAAUUCGACUUCUCCGGAAUUCCGACAAAAACUCUAUG